UGCCCAUUUAAGUGUGCUCCGUACACGUCAUCCAAGCUUUCUUUCUCUCUUUUCUUUUUGUAGUUCUUGUUCAGCCGGUCGAACGUUUAGGGGUUCUGGCAAAAAUGCUGUUGCUAGCUUUAGUGCUGGGUGUUCUUGCCAGUCUUGGUCAUUGCGCUGAAAGUGAAUCCUCAUCCGCUCGUCUGAUUGUUGCCAAGAAUAUCCUUAAUCAGUUUGCUGUUGAAGGGAAGGACCUUACAGUGCACUACACCAUAUACAAUGUAGGAUCAAGCCCUGCCUUCGCUGUUACGCUGACUGAGACAGCAUUCGAUGAGAAUUCAUUCAAGGUCAAGCACGGCCUUACAUCUAUCAAGUGGAAAUCCAUUGUUCCAGGAACUAAUGUAUCUCAUACUCUGAUCCUUGAGCCACUGAAGUCUGGCGUGUUCAACUUCACAUCUGCCAUGGUGACAUAUAAGCCCAGUGAGGAUGCCCCUGAACAGGUUGCCUUCUCCACGGCCCCUGGUGAGGGAGGAGUCAUGAGUAACAAAGACUACCAAAGAAAACACUCACCUCACUUGGUUGACUGGGGUCUGUUCAGUUUGAUGUCCAUCCCCACAAUGUUGAUUCCUUUCAUGGUCUGGUACCGCAGCCACAGCAAGUACGAGAACAUCAAAGCCAAGAAGAACUAAGUCACCAUUCACAGCACCCAAUGACCCUUAACAUCUUGUCAUUGGCUUCAGAUCCAUUUGAAGGCGAGCUGAACCAAGCUGAGUCUUGUAAAUUGUAAAUUCAUAUUACAGUUACACAAUUAAAUUUUCAUCAGAAUAUUCUGCUCCCCAUUACAUUGGCACAUUCUAUAAACAUGGAAGUUUGCAUGGUUCUCUAUGAAUACCUGUCGCUUUACCAUACAGUAGCUCAAUUUAUCAGCAGCUUAUCAACUUAUAGUUUGUGCCCUAGUGAAGGUGUCUGAUAUCUUGGGCUGCUAGCUAUACUGUAACGCUAAUAUUACAGUAUCCAAAUGUCUAGGUUGUUUUCCAAUUGGUCUGAAAAGUGCAUAUUUCUAGUAUUAUUAUAAUAAAGAUUUUUACUCUAAA